UCUCCACGUGCCUGGCAGGCGCUGAUGAAGGUGCUGUCUGUCCGCAAGCCCCUGCUCUACAGCUUCCAGACCUCUCUGCCCAAGCUCCCUGUGCCCCCCGUGGAGGCCACCAUCACCCGGUACCUGGAGUCGGUGCGCCCGCUCAUGGAUGACGAGAAGUACAGUAAGAUGGAGGCUCUGGCCAAGGAGUUCAAGGAGAAGACAGCUCCACGGCUGCAGAAGUACCUGAUCCUCAAGUCCUGGUGGACAACCAACUACGUGAGCGACUGGUGGGAGCAGUACGUC